CGAUAGGACCCCAAGUGGAGGCGAAAAAGGCAAUGUAGAUGCAGACGAAAGCGACGAGGCAUUUCUGGCCGGAAAGAUUUUCGACAGAGAUGGUGACACCGAUGAUGGCGAUGAGGUAUUCGCAGAUGAGCAUGCCGACGGCACCGAUGAGCAAGAGACGUCUACGUCCGACGUGGUCGACGGCCCAAAAGGCGGGGAUGGUCAUGACGACGUUGACGACGUUGGUGGCGAUCGAGAUCGUGAAAGGGUUGCUGAUACCCGAGUUCUUGAAGAGGGUCGUGCCGUAGUAAAAGAUGAAAUUGACACCGGUGAGUUGUUGCCAGGCUUGGAUAAAGAUACCGGUGAGGGUGCGGAAGAGGAUCUUGUUGGGGCCCAUCUUGAAGCAGUCCAUGUACGAGCUCUCGCCGACUUCUUCUUCCAUGCGCAAGUUGGCCUUGAUGUCCUCGAGUUCGGUUUGGACGUCAAUGUCGUCGGGGGUGGUACCGAGGAGACGGGCGAGCGAACGGGCGGCGGCGUCGUCUUGGUGUUUCUUGAUGAGGAAUCGAGGAGAUUCGGGGAGGAAGAACAUGCCGACGGCGAGGAUACCGGCCCAGACGAAUUGGAGAGCGAUGGGGAUGCGGUAAGAGCUGGCGUCGUCACGGUCCUUGCAUGCCUCGUUGACGAUGGAAGCGAGGAAGAGACCGAUAGUCUAAAUGGAGACGACGGCACCACGAAUCCACUUGGGCGAAGACUCGGCUUGGUACAUGGGAAUGAGACACGAGACCUGACCGACACCGAGACCAGCAAAGACACGACCGGCGACAAAGAGGGGGACGGCAGUGGCAGCGGUUUGCAUGGCUACACCAGCAGAAAAGACGACACAGCAGGCGACGAUGGCCAACCUUCUGCCCAUGAUAUCGGCCAUGGGUGCGGCGCUGAGCGCACCAAAGAAUGUUCCCAAGGAGAGGAUGGAGACGAUGAGGGAUUCGUUGGGCGUAGAGAUGGUGUACCCUCCCUUGCCGUCGGGGUAUCCGAACGUCUUGAGCCAGAACUACAAGGGAUACUGCACAACGUCAGUUCGAAUUGCAAAAUGUCAAAGAUCUACACUCACCCUCCAAAUGCCGCGAAACAGACCAUUCCGAUCCCGAGAAUCGAAGACUUGCGGCCGCCCUCCAUACCGGACGAGACUACAGCUGCACCACCACCUGGCAUUGUUGUUGUUGCUGGAUUUCGUGGGGGUGAUAGCGGGGAGAAAUGGGACGAGGGGUGGGAAAAUGGCAACAACGACGCUCAGCCUGCACUCUCCGGUUCAACCCGCGACUCGACAUCCGGCUCGCAAAAAUGGGGCCAUUUGGGCGGAGAUGAACUCAAGCACGAAGAUGAGAACUUUUGCGGCGACUUUUCUCUAGAGAGAAGCUGCAAUAUCGAGCCUGGAUACAGCCGUGUUGAAUUCCUACUUCUUAUCAAGAAGCACACACACCUAUCUGUCGACUUCAAAGCUCCUGCAACGACGAUUUUGGCAUCUCGCUCCUCUGUAUCCCAUCGGAUGGGACCGCUGGCCGGCCUCUCUGUUUGA